GCUGGCAGAACACACACUUCGUGUUUUUCCUUUGUAGAACAGUUUGUCUCUCAGCUUUGUUGAGAAGAAUGGCUCUGAAUGACGACGCAAACAGUCUUCCACUGCGCAGAGAGGACGGAGAGGAACAUGAUGAUGUCGGCGUGAGGAGCGACACGCGAGACUUACUGUUGGAGUCUUGUUUGGAUCAACCAAUGGAUUCAAGCAGUGUCCAUGAAGUGAUCAAGUAUCUUCCCUCACCACUACCAGUCAAACAUUACGAUGCCGAAACCACUGAACCAAUCAGUUGUGGUCUUCAAACUUUGGAGGAGCUGUUGUUGUGGAAACGAAGUGAGGCAAACCCCUUCAAUGUGGCAGUAGUCCCCCUGGCACCUCGGGAGCCUCCCCUUACUAGUUGUCUACGUCGGACAUUGGUGUCUCAUGACAUGAUGGGUGGCUACCUAGAUGACAGGUUUGUCCAGGGCACCAAUGCAGAGGCUCCAUAUGCCUUCUACCACUGGCAGUACAUUGAUAUUUUCAACUACUUCACACACAACCUGGUGACCAUUCCUCCUGCUGUGUGGACCAAUGCUGCACAUAAACAUGGAGUCAUUGUUCUUGGGACUUUGAUCACUGAGUGGACUGAUGGAGCCGCAGUGUGCGAGGCCUUCCUAAAAGAUGAGGAGUCAUACCGGGCAGUGGCUGAUAAACUAGUCCAGAUCAGCCACUGCUACGGCUUUGAUGGCUGGCUCAUUAACAUAGAGAACUCCCUCAGUACGGAUGCAGUGAAGAACACACCUUUGUUCCUGCGCUAUCUGGCAGACCAGAUGCACGAGCGACUGUCUGGCAGCCUGGUCCUGUGGUACGACAGUGUGAUCGAGAACGGACGGCUAACAUGGCAAAAUGAACUCAACCAGUCCAACAGGAUGUUUUUCGAUGCUUGUGAUGGUUUCUUCACCAACUACAACUGGACAGAGCAGAACCUGGAGUGGAUGAAGGACUACAGUGGGGUCCAGGGCCGCCAGUCUGACGUCUAUAUUGGAGUGGAUGUGUUUGCCCGAGGCAACGUGGUGGGAGGAAAGUUGGAAACCAAUAAGGCACUGGAAAUCAUUCGGAAGCACAACUUCUCUGUAGCCAUCUUUGCUCCAGGGUGGGUUGAGACUCACAAUGAUAGGACCGAAUUUCGCAAGAAUCAGGACAAGUUCUGGGCUCUUCUGUCGGACUACCUGUACAUUCAUCGGCCAACCUCACCUCUCCCUUUCAUCUCCUCCUUCUGCCAGGGCUUUGGGAAGGCUAUCUACUGGAGAGGACAGCGUGAGGUAGACAGGAGCUGGUUUAACCUGACUGCCCAGGAGAUCCAGCCCUUGUACUACUAUAAGGAGCUAGAGGGCCGGGGCUGGCUGAGCAGCCGUGGCUGCCCCGAGGAUGCCUGGAAUGGAGGCUCUUCACUGCUGCUGGACGGACUCAUCCCUGCCACUCACACAUCUCCAGUUUGUGCCAAGAUCUUCUCCCUCCAUGUACCCCUGGCAUCCAAGACUCUGGUGACCCUCAUCUACAAGCCAUCUACUGGGAUCAGAGUUUCCUUGGAGCUGAAGACAACAGACGCCAGUCUUUGCACACACAUGGACAUCCAGGAUGUCAAUG